AUGGAAACAUUAGAGGAAGAUGAUACAAAGAGCAAAAAUAUUGGACUUAAUAUUGAAGCUGUUGCAAAUUACAAUGGUACACCUAUCUACGAUUUGAAUUUAGAUACAAUUACAGACAAACCUUGGAGAAAACCAGGAGCAGAUAUAACAGAUUAUUUCAAUUAUGGUUUCAAUGAAGAAACAUGGAAGAUCUACUGUGAAAAACAAAAGAAGAUUCUAUCAGAUAUAGCAGAUGGAACAAAUAAUAGUUCUAGUAUUCCUAAAAUUGGUACUAUUGAAAGAUCGGUUGCUCCUAAUGGCAAUAAUAAUCAACCAAUACCACCAUUUACAACUUCGGGUCCCAAAACAACUGGCGCUCCAACUCAAUCGGUUACAGAGUCUCCUAUUCCCAUAGCUAGUAUCAACGAAAAUUCAAAAUAUUCUGGUAUGGGAUUAACCAAAAAAGCAGGUCCUCCUCCAGGUAGAAAACCAAGUGGUACCAUUGAUGUCAUUGGAGGUGGAACACCAAACAGUCCAUCAAUGAUCACUAGUCGUCGACCUCCGGAUACACCCGAUAACUUCAACUCUAUGAUGAAUCAAGUUCCACCUGGGCCAGGAUUACCGCCAGGACCUUUCCACUAUCCACCACCGCCUUUCGGGAUGCCACCACCACCACAUGCUGGUAUGGAUUUCCAUCUCAUGGGCCCCAGAGGAAUUAAUCCAUCUAUGAUUACAAGCAUUCCGCCUUCUACAAGUUACCCGCCACCCCCCAUCUUAGAUUAUAAAAUGAUUAUAAAAAGAGAACGCGAUGAUGAUGGCGAGAGCGACAAAAGAGAACGGGAAGAGAGGGAUAAAAGGGAAAGAGAAGAAAGGGACAAAAGAGACCGGGAAGAACGAGAUAGAAGAAGUAAAAGAAGGGAUAGAGAGGAGCGUGACGAGCGCGAAAAGCGCGAACGUAGAGAGAGAGAGAAACACGUUAAAAAAGAGUUUAGAGAUGAGAAAGAUAGAGAUAAGCGAGAAAGGCGUGAUAAAUAUGAUAAGAGGCAUCGAGAUGAUAGAGAUGAUCGCGAUGAAGGCAAAAAACGCAGAACAAGUGAAAGUGAUUCCAGAGAUCGAGAAGAGAGAGUGAAAAAAGAAAAAAAAGAUAGAGGGGAAAAAGAGAGGAGAGAGAGAUAAAAUAUCCCGCCGUCCUGUAAAUGCACCAUUUCAUGUCAUAGUCCUUAAUCAUUAACAGAUUCAACUAUUUAAUAAAUGAACUGAAAAGUUUCUCAUCACUUACU